GCAAACAACAACAAGAUCCCCGCUGCCGGUACCUCGCCUUGAUUAUCGUGUUCUUUAAAAACACAAAGCGAAGCGCAAAGAAACAUACGCCCUUCAAAUCCCUUAAAACCCGUUUCCUCCUCUUUUUUGACGUCAGCUUUUGACUCACCAGGGUGCUGUGGAUGUCCCGGGAUACUCCAGUGCUUAGCUGUAGCCCGGAGCGCGGCUAAACCCUACCGAGGCUUACCGGUGCUAUCUUUCUCACAAGGACGGAGACUUUUUUCCGUUUACCAACCAGGUCUUCGCCCCGGGUGGACCCUCUCCGGGAAAGGAGAAGGUUGGUGCUGUCGGUGGGGGUGGUGGAGGUAUGACUGCGUUGGCGGGGCCAGUACCCAGGAUGAUGCGACCCACGCUGGCCCAGAACUACCCCCGCAGCGGCUUCCCACUGGAAGUGUCUACCCCGCUGGGUCAAGGCCGAGUCAAUCAGCUCGGAGGGGUUUUCAUCAACGGCAGACCUUUGCCCAACCACAUCCGACACAAGAUCGUGGAGAUGGCCCACCACGGGGUCAGGCCAUGCGUCAUCUCCCGACAGCUCCGGGUCUCCCACGGCUGCGUGUCCAAAAUCUUGUGCCGGUACCAGGAGACGGGCUCUAUCAGACCCGGAGCCAUCGGAGGCAGCAAACCCAAGCAGGGAACAACGCCGGACGUCGAGAGGAGAAUAGAGGAAUACAAGCGGGAAAACCCGGGUAUGUUUAGCUGGGAGAUUCGGGAUAAAUUACUGAAGGAUGGGAUAUGUGACCGCAACAACGUUCCUUCAGUGAGCUCCAUCAGUCGCAUCAUGAGGACGAAGUUCGGGGGGAAAGGCGUGGAAGAGGAAGAUGAAGAUGAGAUCGAGAAGAAGGAGCUGGAGGACAACGACAGAAGGGCCAAACACAGCAUUGAGGGCAUCUUAGGAGACAGAUCGAGUCACUCAGACGAAGGUUCGGAUGUGGAGUCGGAGCCCGAUCUGCCCCUGAAGAGGAAACAGCGCCGCAGUCGGACCACCUUCACAGCUGAGCAGCUGGAGGAGCUUGAGAGGGCCUUCGAGAGAACCCACUAUCCAGACAUCUACACCAGGGAGGAGCUCGCUCAGAGGGCCAAGCUCACUGAAGCCAGGGUGCAGGUGUGGUUCAGCAACAGGCGAGCAAGGUGGAGGAAGCAAGCUGGAGCCAAUCAGCUGAUGGCAUUUAACCACCUGAUCCCGGGCGGAUUCCCCCCCACAGCCAUGUCCAGCAUCCCAGCGUACCAGCUCUCUGACAGCACCUACUCCCCGUCAUCUAUAGCACAAGUGUCGGAGGCUCCCAGCACGGUGCACCGUCCCCAGCCCCUGCCUCCUUCCUCAGGCCAUCAGGCCUCCGGUGGCGGAGGGCAAGGAGACGGAGGCUCUGCCUACUGCCUCGCCUCCGGACGCCACUCAUUCUCAGGCUACUCGGACAGCUUUGUGAGCCCUGGAGGGCCGACAAAUCCUAUGAGCUCCGCAAUAGGAAAUGGGCUCUCUCCACAGGUGAGACAACAGGUGAUGGGUCUGCUGAACCCAGGCGGUGUGCCACACCAGCCCCAAAGCGACUAUGCCAUCUCCCCCCUGACAGGCGGCCUCGAGCCCCCUGCCGGCAUGGCCGCCAGCUGCAGCCAGCGCAUGGACCACAUCAAGGGCCUGGAGGGUCUCUCCAGUGUUCCCUCCAUGUCAGCACUGCCCUCCCUACCCAGCUCCCAGUCUUACUGCACCCCGUCCUACAGCUCACCAGGCUACACAGUUGACCAUGUCGCGUCCUACCAGUACGGCCAGUACGGACAAAGUAAGGUGCCCUUCCUUAUUUGAGGCCUGAGAUCACCUAAUCAGCAGCUUCGCAGAGGGACACGCAGAUGUCUGUGUACAGUGACUGAAAAGCCUUAAUGUUUGGACCAAAAACUGCUUCCCUUUAUUAGGACACAUUCCCUGCUGCAGGAGCUCCUAUGUGGAGGGACACACUAAUUUAAAAAAAAAACAUAAAAGAAGGGAUUAUAAAAUGGGUUAUUAGAGCAAAGACUACAAACUGAUAGUAGACAUUCCUGCAUCUGCCACAGAGAGGCACUUUCCACUGACAUUAGCAGUGAUCCCAAACUCUCUGCCUGUGGCGUCUUUGGAAAGACCCCAAACCUGACUCUGUAUGGCAGGGUACUUUUACUGCCAACCUCCGAUGGGAAACGUUUACAUACCUGAGCGUCGCAUAAUCACAUGUAAAAUUCCACAUAUAUCCAAAUUAACCCCUCCCCCCAGUUGUAGUAGAAAAAGAAAGGCGCUUGGUUGAUUUUUGUUACAUUCACUCAUUUGAGAUGUCCACACCCCACACGGUGAGAAAUUCCAGAGAGACAGAAAACAAACACAAGCUAAUGAAUCUGGGUCUUUUUUUUUUUUUUACUGUAUCAGACACCUUAAUGUACGCUCCAGCUGUGCUACAGGCAAAGUUCAUUCAAACAUUCCUCCUCCCCCAACUCUGUCUCUCCACGUCUCCGCUUCCCUCCGUCCCUCUGUCUUCCUGGUGUUUUUGGACGCCAAGGCGAAGAUCCCGGCCUUUUGUAGUUUUUCUGAGCAACUCAGAGGAGGUCAAAGGUUGACUUUGGAGAAAGUGACAGAUGAGAGGGCUGGUAGUGGAGGGUGGCAGAAAAGUAGCUUUAAAGAAGUGUGGGGAGGGAUGGGGGGGGGACAAGCAAGAUCGAUCACAGUGUGAAAGAAAACCUUUAAGGAUCCCUUCUUGCCUAGAGAAAGCCAACGGGUCACAAGUCACGACUGAAGGACAUUUGAGAAACAGAAAGAGUUUAAGACCGAAUGCAGCCAUUUGCCCAUCUGACUGAAAGUGCAAUAUCACAUAUCUUAGAGCCAACCUCCCACUAAAAACUGUUUGAAAACAAAUACAUACAUAAGAUAUGUGUCUGGAAAUAUUAGGAAACACUUUGGAUUCAAUCCCUGGAUCAGAUUUUGGACACAUUUUUGGGUCCUAAACAAAUAGGAAACACUGCUAACACUGAGGGAAACAUUUCAAAAAGGACAAAGGGAUAAAAUGGAAGAAAGACAAAGCCAAACCUCUACAUUUUAGUACUUUGUGUUGCUUGGGUCCUUUUUGUUCCCUUUCAGUUUGCAAAAGCAAGACAUGCUGAUGAGGUUUCUGAUGCAUAAAGUACAAAGUUUCAAUUCACUCGUCAUGGGUGUUAUGUAGGAUUCAUUUUGGGCAGUAAAACUCUUCACAAGAACCAGGUUCACAACUUAUUUGAAUUAUUUGAAUUAUAACAACAUACUGACCUGUCCAGGGUGUACCCUGCCUCUCGCCCAUAGACUGCUGGAGAAAGGCACCAGCUUCCCCGCGACCAACUAUGGAAUAAGUGGUAGAAAAUGACUGACUGACUGAUAACAACAUACUUACCAGCCAUUAGCUAGUUCCAGCCAUUAUCCUGGCUGGUUUUUGAAGGCUCUUCUAAUCAGAAAUGGUAGAACUCAUUUAAGAUGGCUGGUUUUAAGCUCUCAAGCACACUACGUACAUACUCCAUUAGGUUAAGGUCAGGACAAUUCCACAAGGAUUAUAUUUGCUACCUUUAUUCUAAACCAGAUGGGAUGUUUUUAAGAUUGUCGCCUUGUUGGAACACCCAUCUGUUUCCAACUAUCAACCAUUUAGCUGUUCAGGUGAAGGACAGCUGAAUAAUUCUCGGGUAGCUGUCUUUAAUCAUUAUUCCACCCAAUUUGUGCAAUUCACUAGUAACAGUCCCUCAGCAUGAUCACACCACCACCAUGCUUUAUAUGUGAAAUGGUUUUCUUGAAGACUGAAAGCCUCACCUUUACUCCUCCAAAAAUAUCACCUGUCGUUGUGAUCUAAUAGCUACCUACCAAGUGAAGCUACACAGCUAAAUGUUCCAAUAGGACGAUGAUCCCAAACACACAUCAAAAUGGGUUUUGUAAUAGAUGAUGCAGGUUAGCAUGACAUUUCUAUUGAAUAUCCUGUUGAAAAUGACAGGACAAUAGAGCAAUAGAGCAUGCCCCUGAAAAGCAACCAAGUUAAAUGAAAUCUACCAUUCCUUCUAAGGAGAGUGGCCAAAUGUUCAGCCACAUGUAUGCAAGGAGCUUGCUGAUGGAUACAAAUAGCGUGUGGUUUCAAAACCAGAAAAAAUUCAAACUUUACGAGCCCAAUUCUUGUUUUAAACAUGAUUUGAAGUUUUUUGAUUAUUCCUCCCCGAGAAAGUAUGACUCAGCUGCAUCAUUGUCCGACGGAGUGACGGCUACAAAAGAACUUCACCCAUAAAUCCUCCAGAAGCGUUCUUGUUUUUGUCCAUCAGUCUGCACAGACUACAGCAGCCCUUUCAGUCCCUUCAUAUAUAUUUUUUUGUAUUACUUGACAAAGCGAUGUGAUGUCAAGUCAUGUGUACAAGCGCAUUAUCAUUGCUAUUUAUAAUAAAAGAAAACCCCUGGAAA